AUGGCAAAGAACAUCAACUCAGUUUGCUUCACCGUUCUCUUUGUUGUCUUUUUCAUGGCUACCACUGAAAUCCUGAAGAGCGAUGCUGAACCUGCAUGCUUCACGUUCUUAGACGAGUGCGGCCCAGACCCGUUCCCUGGUACGAACGUUGAUUGCACUAAAUGUUGCAGAAGCACAUACAAGGGUCAACAUGUAUGUAAAGGGGUUGUUGAGGGAAGCGAGAACCACUGCCAUUGCUACCAAAGAACAAAAAAAGAGUGACUGCUGUUUUCGUUGGUUUUAA